UUGAAUCACGGUGAAUGUUGGUACAAACUUGCUUUUUUGUGGACAGAACCUGAUGCCCUUUUUGAUGUGUGAGUGGGUGGUGCUGUUUUUCUCACCUUCUCAUCUCUCUCUCUCUCUCUCUCAAAGCUUAAACAGUACUAAAAAACACCUCCUUUCUCUCAUUUUCUCCUCAAAAACUCUCUUUGAAAACUGCAACUCAAAUUCCCAAGGUUUGUGUGCCCUCAUCUUCUCUUCUACCUCCUUCAUUCUGGAUCUUCUCUACAUCUACUCCAUCUGCUGUUGUUCAAAGCAUCCAUCUUUUCUCCUGUGUCUCUUGUUGGACUUGAUCCUUUUCACUUGUGUUGAACGUUGAAACUCUCUUUGUCUUUUGAGCUUCUGGCUUCCUCCAACUAUUUGAGAAGGAGAAGGAGAAGGAGAAGGAGAAUCUAACCCAUGGCUAAACAGAUGAACUUUCGAGUGGGGGUUUUUGAUCUUUGUGAAUACUGAUAGCCGCGGCUGCUGCUUUGUUUGGAGGUUUGGGGUUAUCGGAACUGCUAAAAGAGAGAAAUAAGAGACAGGCAAAGAGGAAGAGAGAGAGGGGUAGUGUUAUGCUGAAGAUAAGGGGCAGUGCUGGAGAUAGAAUCAGUAUCAGUGUGCUUGUGACUGUUGUAAAAACAGCACAAGAAGAGAGAAGCUUUUCAUCAGAUGUUAUCCGUUGAAAACCCUCCACCAGAUCCCCCAUGUCCUUGCCAAUUUCUGCAGCUGAAAAGUGGUAGUGAUGAAAUUGAGAGACCUCCUCAUAAGCUUCCCUUGCGUGAGCUAGAUCUGCUAAAGCAGCCAUCACUUGAUAGUAAUCAUAACCAGCAUCAUCAUACCCCACUCCCCAAAUUCUCCAUAAGAGAUUAUGUGUUCAAUGCCCGGAGCAAGGAUAUCAAGAAGAGUUGGCCGUUUUCUCAAAAAAAUUUGCGACUUUGUUUGAAGCAUGGCUUGAAGGAUCCAUUGCCACCUUUUCAGCCUUUUGAUACAGUAAGAAACCAAUUCAUAGAGAGAUGUGCGAUUGAAACCAAUCCAUUUGAGAAGCAAAAUGCAAGGAAAGUCGAUGAAGAAGUAUCUGGCUCGAACCAUCAUGUGGUACUAGAGUCAUCAGAUGAUGCUCACUCACACCAUAACCUAGCAGGUGCUUGCAUAGACAAUAGCUCGUGCAGAUCCGGAGGAGAACAUGAAAAUGAUUUACCCUUCACAACAACAAGUGUUUCUCAACCUGAAAUAGACUCGGUUCUCAUUAACAAGCAGUCCAACUUACCAAUCGAAUCCAAUACGUCAGUGGAAGCAUCAGCCGAAGUUCAAGCAUCUGGCAUUUUUAAGUCCCAAAAGACUGAAAACACUACCCGACCCUCAGGCAAGAAGUGCAGAGUAAUAGUGAAAUUUGGUGCCCAUUCUGAUCGUUGCUCGACUGAAGAUAUUGCUCCGAAUUGUACCAUGGUAUCAGAAUCCAUGGCUUCAAAAGUUUGUCCUGUUUGUAAAACUUUUUCGUCCUCUUCGAAUACCACCUUGAAUGCUCACAUCGAUCAGUGCCUUUCUGUUGAGUCAACUCCCAAAUGGACAGUGGAUUCUAAUCUUUCCAGGCAUAGAAUUAAGCCAAGAAAGACGAGACUGAUGGUGGAUGUAUAUGCUACUGCCAAACCGUGCACAUUAGAAGAACUUGACCGGAGGAAUGGUACAAGCUGGGCCACUGCAUCAAACAUUCCUCCUAGACAGGAUUCUGAGAGGGUUGAAAAAUAUGUUGAAGGGAAAAAGCAAAGAGUUUCCCCAAUUAAUCCUGAGGAUGAUGGUGAUGUAGGCGCUGUUUAUAUUGAUGCCAAUGGUACCAAACUUCGGAUUUUAUCUAAGUUUAAUGACGUGCCACAAGUGUCAAAAGUUGGAGAUGUUGUUGAACAGCACAAAUCUUUGAAAGGAGGUAAAGGAAGCAAAUUCUUUUCAACCAAAAAGAAAAGGUGCCAUGCCCCAAAACAUCACAAGUAUCUUAAACUUGCUCCUCAAAGUAGAAAAUUUUUCUCACAGAAGACUCGUUCUUCAACGAUUGUUGGAGCUCAAGAAGAAGAAGGGUGUUGUGGAAUAGAAGAAAGCUGCAAGAGUAAGGGACCACAUGUGCCAAAAAAAAUCAAAUCCAGUGAUUCUAUAAGGUUUAGGGAUAGGGUUUGCUCUAAACAAGCAGGUCUUUUAAGGAAGCCUAAUAAUCAAGAUAGACAUCGACCUUUGAUUUGUAAACGGCAUGUUACUCAAGACUUGUGGGUUCAGAGUGAACAAUCGCAUCAAGUUGAUCAUGUUGUGGAGAGAAAUUGUGUUCGCAUGUUUAAAAAUUCAUCUGAAAAUCCUAUUUCUUCUCCUGAGACAUGUGAGAGGGUAGAGAAGCCUGUUUAUGAAGCUCCAGUUAUUAAUAAGAGGGAGCGUUCUUUGGGAAGAAAGAGAGUAAGGAGUCCUUUAUUUGGAGCCAGACUCCGUAGCAAGGUGGAGAGGUCUUUUCACCCACUUAAGCAAAAUGCAAAUCAGUUCAGCAAAGACAAUCUCCAUCUAGAUGAGGAUCAUAGGGUGAGAUCUCUAAACUCAAGUGGAAAUUGCACAUCUUCAUUGCGCAAAAAGAUGGUUGAUAUUGAUGCAAAUAGUAAUCCUGAUACUCCUGCAACUGCUACUCCAACUUUUAGUCAUCAUUCUUUUACAUCCAAAUGCUUUAGAUUUUCCUCACCAAAGAAAAAUGUGCUGUCUGCUAGCAGCAGGUCAUCCGUGGUUGAGUCUAGGUCUAACUUGGUUAAGAAAUAUUCAACAAGGGAGAGUCAGUUGGAUUUUAUGGCAGAAAUAGAUGAGGAGGCAGUGGCCUGGGGUCCGGAGGCCUAUCAAGAAUGUGACUUGGUGCAUGAUGUUACUAAAAAGCAAUGUGUGGGGAAAGAGAUUACUGAAGAACUGUCAUUUGGUGGCAGCAGUGUCCAGGGAGCCGGAGAACAAAGAGGAAGAAGAAGUAUUUCCCAAAGGGAGGAAACAAUGGCUUUGAAGAGCAUACAAUUGGCACCUCACUGUUAUGAUCAUGAUGAGAGGGAGAACACGGAUUCUUCUGCAAGAGACAGUGAGGAUAUUCUGGAUAAAUUUGAUGGUUUGGAAACUGUUGAGGAGAGGGUUACUAAUUUGAGUCAGUCAGUAGAAACCAAGUUUAACAAACUGAGUAAUCUUUCCAAGAAUAGAUCCAAUUCUUCAGAGUCUAAUGAAGAUCAAGAUGGGCCUUUGUGUGGGGAUGAAGGACUGGAUGACCGUAGUGGGCCAAGUCUUGUUGAUAAAUCAAACAUGUUUUGUGCUGAAGUUGGCCAUGGUAUAAUUGGACAAACUGCUACUACCAGAGAAGAACUGGAUUCUGAUGAAGCACAAGGGAAAUCUUUUCCUGAGGUUGAUCCUAUACCUAUUCCUGGUCCACCGGGCUCAUUUUUGCCUAGUCCUAGGGAUAUGGGCUCCGAUGAUUUUCAAGGGAAUUCAUCAUUGACCACCAGCAGGAUUCAAUCCUCUCAAGAUCAGCUUGAUUUUGUAGAUGGGGAGUCAUCCGAUUCACCCAUAUCUGCAGUGUCAAUAAUCUCUAAUUCUGUGGAAGCUAGGUCAGAUUUGAAGUAUGCAGAACAUUUAGCAUUUGUUGUUGCUCCUGCAGCUCUAGAAAAGGACAGGUGUGGCUACUGUAUUGCAAAGUCUGAGCCCUUAUUUGAGAAUUGUGCUGUGGUUCCACAGACAAGUGCAGGACUAGAAAGAACUUUUGAAGGAGAGAAAUUUAGAGUCCAUAGGAUAUGUUUUGAAAAUAGACCUCUCAUUUUUAAAAAUGAUGAUCAGCCAUGCUGUUGCCAAAGAAAAGAGAGAUCCUCUCACGGUUUUGCCCUAAAUUAUCAGGAGUCACAGCUACUAACGCGACGACCAAUGGCUUCAAUGAUUCCACCUGCCAUGCAAAUUGGUUCCAAUCCAAAUAUCACUCCUAAUAAUUUGGAUGCAAGGCCAGAAACAUUUUCUCUGAAUAGCAGUGCAAGUUUAGGAUCUGAACAAAUGGUUCUUCCUGUCAUAAAACCCCCCGCAGGCCCCUUGCCUUUUAAAGGAUGCCUUGAAUCUGGUGUCAAGCUUUCCAGUCGUGGUGACUGUGAUUCUGCUACUCCAUCGUCUUCUAAUCCCAUUCUCAGGCUGAUGGGAAAGAACUUAAUGGUGGUUAACAAAGAGGAAGAUGCAUCUAAGCCACUUGGUCAGGCCCAGUCAUGUGCCCAGAGUAAUUGUCCAACUCCUAGCUUUCCAACUUCUUCUGGAAUCUCUCCUAGCAAUACCUGGAAUCAAGGUGGUCUGUCCUUCCAUCAUGCAAUGCCUCAGGAUUCUUUAAUCUUUGAUCAGAUUCCAAAUGAUUUGGUGGGGCAAUCUUUGGAUGUCCGAUUGACAAAUGGCUAUAGAAACUGUGCAAAUCUUGCAACACCACAAACGCUUGUGCAAUUUCCACCUGGUAUGUUUCUCGAUGAGCAUAUGGAUGGUGGUUUCACAGUGUCCACUGAGCUGCAAAAAUAUGGAGGUAACCAUAAUAUGCCACGUCGGCCAAAUAGACCUAAGAACAAGCUAGGUCCAGCAGCAACAUAUGAUAUGGAGAAAGUUGCAACUCUAGACUGCCGAUAUUGGAAUGGGGAUUCUGCUGUUUCCGGUAAGGAAGUCAUUGUCAUUGAUGAUGCUCCUGACAGUGAAACCAACAAGACAGCUGACAUUGUCAAUCACUAUGAAGGCUUGAGGGAAAGCCAACUAAUAUCAUCUGGUCUUUCAAUGCCAUUAGUUCCUAAUAGUAGUGCAAGGCACAGGAAUCCUUUUUCUCUUUAUCAGUCAGAGGACUCUUUACUAGGUGACCCAACAGUGGUGGCAAAUAACAACCUUCAUGCAACCCCACCUUCCAGACGAACCAAUGCAAGUCCUGUUAGGUGGGAUUGCACUUCAGAAGGUUCAGGUUUGAUGCAGCGGGGUCCUUUUAUGGCUGUAUCGCCAUCAACAAGCCAUCUCGGGUCUGCACUUUAUUAUUCUCCAAGUUUGUCUUAGCAGCUUUGCUUGGGAUGGGAGUUCUUAGAUGGUCUGUGCAUCGGCAGGUUUCUUAUCAAACGUGUACUGAAUCUUGAGCUUCUCCAUGACUACUGACAGAGAAACUUUUGGAGUUCAAAAAUGAUUUUCAACAGCUAAAGUAAUGGCAAUUUGAUUUAAUAGAUUCGGUGCAAGUUCAACAAUUGAGAUCUCAGAGUUUGUAUUUUUUUUUUUUUUCACUUACUGUUGGGCAAAAGUCUAUGCAGUUUUUGAGGCUUCUGCUUAGACUACUACAAAGUUAUCCCAAAGACCAGAUAAUGUAUAAGCAAUCCUCGAAUAAAAACUGACGAAGGGACCUGGGCUUAAAGCCAAUGGGGUUGAAAGUGUUCCUAUA